ACCAGAUACACUAGCAUUAAAUGUUUGGGGGAAUAUAUAUUUUUCUCCUGAGAAACCCUGGUUUGACUUUUCUGAUCUAUUAUUGAUUAUCAAUUUUCAGGAUAUUGAUAUUCUGGUUCCUGUAUUACCUUUCUUAUCAAAAGAUGAGGUUUCAGUACUUUUUCCUCGUCUUGUGAAUGUACCACUGGAUAAGUUCCAAGUUGUGCUUUCUCGUCUUUUUCAGGUUAUUAUCCUGUAGGUUCAAUCAUUCUACUCCGGUCUUAACCCCUGCUGAAGCAUUAAUUGCCAUCCAUAAGAUUGACCCAGAAAAAGAUGGAGUUCCUUUGAGAAAGAUCACAGAUGCUUGCAAUGCUUGUGUUGAACAGAGACAUACAUUUUCGCAGCAAGUUCUGGCCAAAGUGUUGAAUCAAUUGGUCGAGCAAAUUCCUUUACCCUUUCUAUUCAUGCGUACAGUAUUGCAAGCAAUUGGCGCUUUUCCUUCUUUGGUCCAAUUCAUAAUGGAGAUUCUAUCUCGUCUUGUAAGCAAGCAGAUUUGGAAGAAUCCAAGGCAGUGGGUGGGUUUUGUGAAGUGUGCACAUGUGACCAUGCCAGAUUCAUUCGGUGUUCUGCUUCAGCUAACGGCAGCACAGCUUGAAAAUUCAUUGAAUAGAAUACCAGCUCUCAAGGCUCCUUUGGUUGAACAUGCAAGCCAACCGAACAUAAGAUCCACGCUUCCGAGGUCUACAUUAACUGUUCUGGCCUUGGAGCAAGAGCUACCAACCUCUACAACAAAACCAGCUCAAUCACAAACUCAGACCGAAGAGGCCGAUAAUUCGGAAAAGGAAGCUGCGACAGAAAAGUCCAAGGAAUCUAUGUAAAUCUAUACUAAAACUGAUUAGUCUUCUCCCAAAAACAUCUAAAACCAUUUCGCAUUUCGGGGGUUUUACUCAAUCUAAAAGAACUUGAGUUUUUCAGUAUAUUGAUCCCUGACAUUUCAUAAGACAAAAGGCAUCCUGGAAUCGAGACAGUAUAAAAAUCUAAUUAUAUACUCUCUACUUCCGUUCUAAGGUAGUUGAGUUGUUUCUUUUUUUGCA